AUGAGUGAUGACGAUUCGAAUCAAGUUGUUCUUGCAAUCACCAAAGUGGGAUGCAUGAUCACCUUUUUUAUGUUAAUUCUUAUUGUGGGUAGUCUCCCAAUAAGACUCAAAGCAUUCAAGUCAAAUAAGAAACUUUUGGCAUACAUGGGGGCAUUUUCUGGGGGUCUAUUUCUGGCAGUAGGUUUGGUUCAUUUGUUACCAGAGGCAGCAGAGAACUUUGAAUAAUCUUUUGAUGACGAUGAGGAGCAUUUUCCAUUUGCAUAUGCAAUAUCUAUAGCUAGUUUUGCUCUGAUCCUUUUUAUUGAAAAAAUAAUAACAGAUCAUCAUCACGAUCACGGACACGAUGAGGACCUCCAUCAUCACGGGAGCAAUUCUAAAAAUACUUAGAUAUAAGAUUAAAAUCAACUAUUUGUGAAUGGGAGUGAUACUGAGGAAACAUUCAAGGAUGCUCUCAACACUUAGUUAAUUGUAGCAAAGAAAGCCUCAUUCGUACAAAUGGUGAGAAAAUCAAUAGCACAAGAUCCUAAAAAUUCAAUAGUUUAUUAGGAUGUCAAUACAUGGGCUCCUUACAUCUUAUAAAUAGCUGUGGGUAUCCAUGCGGUUUUUGAGGGAUUGUCAAUAGGCAUUCAGGAGGAGGUCUCUUUGUGUAUAGGGAUAGCCGUGGUGGUUUGUUGUCACAAAUGGGCUGAAGGGAUGACGUUGGGUCUUGCGUUUAGGAAAGCAGGGGUAAAUAAGACGACAUCAACCUACAUGAUAAUGAUUCAGGCUAUAAUGAAUCCGGUUGGGAUAGGAAUUGGAUGGAUCAUGGCAGACAAAGGGCCAUUGUACACUGGGAUAUUUGUAUCGAUCUCAGUUGGGACAUUUAUUUACAUUUCAACCAUGGAGACAUUGACAGAGGAGUUUUCAAUUUCACAGUACAAAUGGGAAAAGUACAUAAUCUUUUUGGUUGCCAUAGCAUUUGUAUCAAGUUUAUGGUUUAUUGAGUAAGCAGUUGGUGGAGAAUGA